AUGGCCAACGCCGCUUCCUCUUCAGCAACGAUCCUGUCUACCAUGAAACAUGUUACGACAAACAAAUGGGACAAGGCAGAGGCUCGCUUGCAGGACAUCAAAAGCCAUGUAGGCGAAGCAGAGCGGAAACUGGCGUGCAAGCCAGACAUGCUCGAUGCCAAUCAGCAGCAUCUCGAAGCAGAUGUGGCCAACUUGCUCACUGCAGUACGAAAGGCCUAUGCUGGCGCGCCCAGCAUAGAUGUCAGCACCCGUGCUGGCAUCAGAGCCAAAGGUGGCCACACAAGGGCAUUUGCUGGUGCUUUCGAGGGUCUUCAAAAUCGCCUCAACACCAUCGAACGCAUGCUAUCCAAUGCCAAGUACUCAUCGGGGUUUUCUGCGUCGGCCGCCUUGUCAUGGCGCAAUGAGCUCCUCGCAUAUCUGCAUCAGUCCCAGCGCCGUAUGGAAUACACCAUACUGUUUGGGAAACUGACGAAUGAAUGGGCCGACUUUCGCUUUGGCGAGCUUUCGGAUACGAUUGCGUCGGCAAAACAGGUGGCAGGCCAGUCGGACGCCGCGUCGGAAGACGAGGGUGCCGUAUCUGUCGGUCGCAAAGAAAUGCACGAGCAGAGGCAAGUCUGGGAAAGCUUGGUCACGAACCUUCGGACUAGUGACAAGGAUCAGAUUGUUGAAUUUCUGGACGAGCUAUUCCACUCUGGCCCGCUUCACAAUAAGCCAAGCAGCUCUAUCGAGGAACUGGCAGACUUGCGCACGACACUGUUGCGGAAAAUGCGCAAAUCUGUCUUCAACAGCUCCAAAGGCGCGAUUCCUGUUACCGUGGCUACCGUCAAGGCUGCUAUCAAAGCCAUUCUCAGCGCUGACCAACUGACCAGUGAGAAGCGCCGCGCCAUGAUUGAUCUCGGCAACAGAGAAGACGUGCUCAGCGAGAUUGCCGACAUCUUGAAGAUUGAUUUGAAGCUGGCGGCAAUCGAGCGGUGGUCCUGGGGCGACAGCCCAAUCAAAGCGCAGAUGCGCAAGGCAAUCAAUGGCAAGUACCGUGUGUACAUGGACAUUGAACUGCUUGACUCCAUUUUGAUACAAUGCGUUGGGCAAGCCAUCUCGGUGACUAUAUCCAACGCGCUUGAAAAGGCUUGGAGUGAGGCUGUUGCUGGCGUCUGGAAGGCCAAGGAGGACGAAAAUCGCACCGCGGCAAUCGAAGCGCAAAUUCCCAACUUUACCAAUCAAACAGCAAACAACUCGACUAGAGAACUACGGAAUGGCAUAUACAAGAAGAUCUUCUUUUCUCCGCGACUGCCCACGAGCAUGACGGAUGAGAAUAGCGGAGUGGGACGCUAUGAUGGCGAUGGCUCAGAUAACGACGAAGAUCAAGUCCAGGCGAACCUGACAGAUCUUAUAGACGGUCCACCUAAUGUCGUCAAUCUGAAAACUGACAUUCUUCGUGUUUGUUCUGCUGAAAUGAGUGUUCAAAAAAUUGUUCAUGGACAGUUUUGCCUGCUGCAGAGCGACUUUGAGUGGUUUGGGCCUUCUCUUCCGCAUUCGACUCUCACCGCGAUAAUGGAGUAUUUCCACUUCCCCAAGGAGCUUGUGCAAUUCACCAAAGCAUUUCUCGAUAUGCACAUACAGUUUCAAGAAGACGGCAAGGAUGGAGCCGUGCUCACUCGAAAGACUGGCAUCCCGGUAUCUUUUCAGCUUACUGACGGCAUUUCAGAGUUGCUGCUGUUUGUACUGGACUUUGCAGUCAAUCAAAGGACAGGCGGAUCCCAUCUUUACCGUAACCACGACGAUUUGUGGUUCUGGGGCCAGCCGUCCCAGUGUGUGGCUGCAUGGGAAACGAUACGCGAAUUCACCCAAAUCAUGGGACUGCAGUUGAACAAGGACAAGACUGCUUUUGCCCACGCUAUUGACGAGUCCAACCCCCGAUAUAAGCCAGCAUCGAAAGAGGAACUGGCGCGCCUCCCUGAAGGAAAGGUGAAAUGGGGGUUUCUGCUGUUCGACGACAAGCAGUGGAAGUGGAUGUCCAACAAGGCUGCGAUUGAGGAUCACAUGGAUGAGUUGCGAUUCCAACUGCAGACACGCACGUCCGUCAUGUCGCACGUGCAAGCUUACAAUGCAUACAUGAAGAAUUUCCUGCCAAACAAUUUUGGCCCCGUGAUUGUGGGAUUGGGCGAUGACCACCCCGUCAUGGUGUUGGAAGCGCUGCAGCACGCGCAACGACACCUCUACCGCAGCGACGGCGUCGAAAGCUCAGCCGGAAACGUCGCGGACCACGUACGAAAAACAAUCAAGGAACGGUUUGAGGCUAAUUAUAGUGAGGACCAAGUCCCCGACUGCUUCUUGUACAUGGGCGUCGAGUACGGUGGCCUGGGCUUGGCGAACCCGGCACCUGCAUUUGCGCAGUUUAUCCAGCUGCCCAAAAACGACAUAAACGACGACCAGAAGCCUCUGCCCCCUAUGCAGGAAGCACUGAAGCGACUCAACACGGCCAUUUCAGAGAGCUACCGCAAGGAGAGCAAGCAGUUUAUCGCCAGACUCAACAGCAAGAGGCACAGGAACAGGAUAGGUUCUAAACGGACCGAGGGGGUGGAGGAGGAGGAGGACUCUGAGGAGCAAGAUGAUGGAAAUUUGCCGGAUCUCGCCAGAUCAGUCAAUGGGGUUCCGCAGUUUAUGUCGUUGAGCACCUACAUGGGCACAACGGAAGAGCAGAGCGCGGCCAUGAGAGACUUUUACGAGACGCUGCUGACGGAGCCGUGCGCGGAUUGGUCCGUAUCGAAUAGAACCUGGGCUGCCAAAAUGUUUGACGGCGAGCUGGAAGACUUGUUUGGUGGGUAUAUAGCCGAGGAAGAGUUUUUGUCGCUGGGAUUGUACCGCACGUUGGCUGAGGAAAAGGUGCGUUGGAGUGGGUGA